CUUCGAAUCGCACUUUCUUUUCUUUUCACCACUUUCAGCUUCGAUAGUUCUAUUGAAAUGCUUCGUCUUGCCAGUAUUUCGGUUCUAGCCUCCCUUGCCCUAACUUCCUUUGGUCAAGAAUGCUCCCAGGGUGUUGCGGAGUGCAUUAAUGGUGGCGGCGACCUUGCUGCGUACCGGACCUGCCUGAGUGAUAACCACUGGGAAAUCAGGCACUGCCCGACUAGCCACGUAUGCGCCCCAGCAGCAUCGCACACCAUCUGGUGCCCUCUUCAGUUCGACAAUUUCCCGCUUACACCUGACUCCUAUACUACGACUCCAACGUCAUUCUCGACCCAGGCAAUCUCGGAUCCGUGCAGCGCCUUUAAUGUGUGUCCUUCUGACUCGAGCACUACUACGACCCAAACGUCAUUCUCGACCCAGAUAAUCUCGGAUCCGUGCAGCGCCUUUAAUGCGUGUCAUUCUGGAUCAAGCACUAGCACGACUCCAACGUCAUUCUCGACCCAGGCAAUCUCGGAUCCGUGCAGCGCCUUUAAUGCGUGUCCUUCUGACUCGAGCACUACUUCCACCACAACCCCGUCUGUGACCCAGACAAUCUCUAAGCCGAGUAGUAUCUUUGGUGGGGGGCAUACCAAGUGCCCCAAGCACUGACAGGGCUUACAUAAUCUGUCAGGCCGGACCUAAUCAAGCCGACUCUGUACGGUCUUUACACUCCAAGAUAGCCACCUUACCACGACCCUGAAGGUGGGGACUAUAUUUGGGCCGGUCCCCAAGGCGCUAAUGGCAG